AGCCCUUGGAUAAUAUUGUCUGGCUGUCAUCUGCUGUCUCCUGUCCAGCCCGAGGCCACCCUGUAACUGUGACGGAGGAGGGAGGGCUGCUCCAUCCUCACCCGCCUUCUGGAAGACUUAGAGACGACUUCCGGAAAAUGAGCCUCAUGGUGCCAGGAAGCCAAAGCUUACUUUGUAGAGCUGACACUAAACUACCCGAAGGACUUAGGUGCUCUGUGUACUUAACCCCAGGAUUCCCUUUACUUUUUAAGAUAAAGAGUGAUAAUUGUAGUUUGUGUCCCUUUACUGGCUUGUUUCCCUCGAUGCAGGAGGGUGGGAAAGUGCGUCAUGACAGGAAGUCCCGCCUCAGAGACGGAAGUGCCCUGCCAUGGCACCCAGCAGGCGGUGGGUCAGUGGGCUGUUUUCCGUGCUGAAGUCCCAUCCUGUGUGCCGGCCUUUGCAAAAUGGGGUCCCGAGGGAUGUGCUGCUCUUCCAGCAUGAACGGGGCCGCUUCUUUGCCGUCCUUGGACUGUUUUGCGCCGGUCAGGGCAUUUUCUGGACUUCCGUGGCUGUUGCAGCCUUGUCCAGACCUCUGAUCCGAAUUCCUACGGAGGCUCCCAACCGGGGCUACCUGGACCUGCGCUCUGCACUCUGGCGCUACGGGCUAGCUGUUGGUUGCGGAACAAUGGGAGCCUUGGUCCUUGGUGCUGGUCUUCUCUACUCUCGCCGAUCUGUGCGCUCAGUCAUGCUCCUUGCAGGAGGGCAACAAGUGACACUUACCACUUAUGCCCCCUUUGGCUUGGGGACGCGUUUCACAGUUCCCUUGAACCAGGUUUCCUGCAUGGCCCACAGAGGUGAAGUUCCUGCUAUGCUGCCUCUGAAGGUCAAAGGCCGACGCUUUUACUUCCUUUUGGACAAAGCUGGACACUUCCCCAACACUCAGCUCUUUGAUAACACUGUGGGUAUCUACCGGAGCCUGUGAAAAGUGGCUUACCCCUCUCGGAUGAUGCAAACCCUAGGGAUAAGGAGACCACACAGCAAGGAAAAGGUGCCCAGGAUUCAUAACAGCCAAUAAAUCUAUCUUCCAAAGGG